AAUGCACUGCGCACAGGGGCUCCCGCAGACGGAAUGUUGUUGCUGUCACGGAGCGCUUCGGCACAAACUUUUGCAGACAAACCAUGACGACAAAGCAGCCUCAGUAAUAAUUAGAAAACCAAAUCGAAAGGUCUUGAGGUCCUUGUGUUGUCACUGAAGAUGAAUAUUAAUGAAAAGCUGGAAGGGAUGCUGCUGAAGUGCAGUAGGGCGGAGGAUCUGCACCCAUCCUCCGGAGUCCUGGGGUCCCCUGGUGUCAACGGAAGACGAGGCGUUAGAGGAGGAGGCGCAGGAGGAGGGGCGUUAAUGGAGAUUGGACUGGGUGAUCACACAUUGACUCACCAAGCCCUACUCAGCCAGCAUGAGAGGGAGGAGCAAGACCUGGCAGAGAGGCCAGUCCCAGCUCAUGACUUCAUUCCACAUGAUGAGCUGAUGGUCCAUACAGAGAUGGUGAAAAAUGAUGGCGAAGAGGAUGCAGCACUUUCCAAUAGACUUUCCCAGAAGUUGUCAUACCCUCUUCACCUACCUGUCCACAUUAAACAAGAGAUAAAUGUGUCUGAUACAGCCAUGCAGACAAAUAAGGAAAAGAAGCAGACAAAAGAACUUGAUGAUUUUCCUCGGAAAAAGAAAAGGAAACAUCGUUCUCCAGCAAAGAUUCUUACCAUUAAUGAGGAUGGCUCACUGGGUCUUCAGACCCCCAAGUCUCACGUUUGUGAACAUUGCAGUGCUGCCUUCCGGACCAACUACCACCUGCAGAGGCAUUUCUUCAUCCAUACUGGGGAGAAGCCCUUUCAGUGCAGCCAGUGUGACAUGCGCUUCAUUCAGAAGUACCUGCUUCAGAGGCACGAGAAGAUCCAUACUGGUGAAAAACCCUUCCGCUGCGAUGAGUGUGGAAUGAGGUUCAUCCAGAAGUAUCACAUGGAGAGGCACAAGAGAACUCACAGUGGAGAAAAGCCCUACCAGUGUGAUUACUGCCAUCAGUACUUUUCGAGGACUGAUCGUGUUUUGAAACACAAGCGCAUGUGCCAUGAGAUCAGGAACAGGAAGGCUACUAAAGAUGGACACUCGGGCAGCCAGGAAGACAUGAGUUUCCCCUUCUCUAUAAAAGAGUGCUCACUUCCAAAAAAGAAAAGGCAGAAGUCCAGCGAGAAGCCAUCUCGGGGGUCUGGAACAGGGUCCGAGAAAGCAGAUACUGAGGAUAAAACAGCUGUAAAGCCAUGCAGGAAUGAGGAAUGUCUGCCGCUAUAUGCAGUCACCUCUAAGGUGAAGGACGAAUACAUGGUGGCUGAAUAUUCUGUGGAACUACCCCAGCUAUCAGCUGGAGGCCGGCAGUCGGGGGAUUCGUCCUCAGAGGAGAUACAUUCCCCCAAGCUUGUUUUGAAGAAGGUUCCAUGCAAAAAGAAUCAGAAGGAGGCUGAGGAGCAACCUCAAGAUCUCUCCCCCUUAUCAUCUUUUCAGGAGGGGAAAGUGACCAGAUACACCUUUGAAAUUGUAGAUAAACAAAGCCUUCUGGAAUCGGAGUGCAACACAGACUUGGACCCAGCUGAUACACUUCCAGAGGAGUCACCUAAGCCUGUAGUGAGCAGCACAAACUAUGAUGAUGCCAUGCAGUUUUUGAAGAAGAAAAGGUAUCUGCAAGCAGCUGCUUCUGCUAAUAGCCGAGACUACGCCCUUAACGUGGGGAGCAUUGCAUCCCAGACUUCGGUCACACAGACCGCUGUGGCCAGUGUUAUGGAAACUAGUGUCUCUAGUGCCAUUCUGGACACUCAAACUAUAAAUGUUGAAAUAAAGGGUGGCAAUGACAAGAACGUUCUCCCAGAUGAAGUCCUACAAACCCUCUUGGAUCAUUACUCCAGCAAGACUAAUGGCCAGUCUGAGAUCUCUUUCUCUGUGGCUGACACAGAAGUGACUUCCAGCAUAUCCAUCAACUCGUCAGAUGUGUCCGAGGGUAGCCAGACAGAAGCCAUGGGGACAACUCCAGCAGGACCCCCACAAGAGAAGGCCAGCAUGUUACAAGAGUAUUCAAAGUUUCUCCAGCAAGCCUUGGAAAGAACCAGCCAGAAUGAUACAUAUUUGAACAGCCAGAAUCUCCCCUUUGUGACUGAAAGUCAGAACCUUACAAGCCAGCCACUGUUUCCCACCCUUGAUAAAUUCAACUCCAGCAGCCGACUUCGGCUUGGGAUGAACUCUCCUUUGAGGUCCUCUGACAAGGCUAAUUUUGGGCUUUUAGUUGGUGACUCUCAGCACCCUUUCGCAUUUUCAGGAGAGGAAAGGAAUCCAUCCUCUGUAUCCCCAACAGAGGACUUUCUGGAGCAAGUAAAUUCAAAAAAGGCAGAGACUCAAGCAGUCCAUCAGGUCUUUCAGAUGGGUGCUUUUGAACAGAACUUCCGCUCGCAGUUUCAAAACCCUCGAGCUGGAAUCUGUUCCCAGUUUAGUGUUGGCAAUGCGCAGGUGAAUGUGCGUGCACAUGGGGGUGCGGAUUUCUCAGAAUUCCCUUUGGUUAGUGUGACCGAGACCAGAACUCCACUAACUUCAUCCCCAGAUGCCACCAGCAGUCAAAGUUUUGGCUAAAGAACGUCACUGGUAUCUUCAGUAAUUUGAAAGGCACUUUAUAUCCACAUCCUUUGUAUUAUGCCAGUUUGGGCUGCACUGUAUUUCUCAAUAAGAAUUCAUUUUAGUUUAUGAAUGUGUGCAUUGACACUGUGUGUGUAUUUGUAUGUAUGUAUUGUAUGUGUGCACACAUUUUAUACACUUAUAUGAACUAUGGUAAUGUUAUAGUUCAGCACCUUAUGAAAUAAUUCCUUCAGAAUGUGAUAUGUAACCAUACUAUUUCAGGCCCUUCAUGGCUGGGGGUGUCCAUAAGACCGGUUCUUGACAGCUUCAUGUGAUUUACAGUGCGGUCUUACAUCAGUCUUCUGGUUAAAAAAAAAAAAAAAAAGCAGUGCAGUAUGAGAUCAUGUUGGUUGAGAUGUGUAUCUCCUUGAGGCAAAAGGCCCACACCAACCUUGAAGGGCUGGACACCGGCACAAUUGUUGUCAUGU